AUGGCUAGUACCUAUACAAUAAAAGACCCUUCAUUUGAGCCAUUGUCUCAUACCUUUGAAAUCAAAGAGCUCUAGUGGACUUUCGUGUACUUUGGAUAUGAGAAUCAUCAUGCUAGAGCUUAUGUACUUACUCCUAAAGGACCAACUGAAAAGAUUUUCAUAGCUUAGCAUAUUGUUCCUAACGCAUUCUACCUAAGAGUAGUAAAUGAUAUUGGACAUCCAUCAUUUUGGGGUAAAAUCUAUGGAUUGAAGGCCAACUUUGGUGAGGGUAGCUAUCUUGAGAAUCCUUUGGAGUUAAUAGACAAAUGGCCAUAUGAUUCAAAGAAACAUUCUGAUAUUGACAAAUCAGGAGAAAAAGUCUUAUCUAUUAAUUCUGCCAAAGUUACAAAAUAAAAGAAUGAUGAUGCUAAUGAAUGAGCUAUAAACUUAUAGAUCAGUAUUUAUUUUAACAUCUUCAACAUAUAUUUAAAA